UCCGGAGGCUAGACUGGAAAGAUGACCCAGUAGAAUGACCUCGCACGAGGGAGCCUAUAUAAACUCAAGUGAGCAGGCUGCCGCAGUCUCUGCACAGUAGGGACAAGGGCUGGCUCCAGACUCGUGGGUGUGCGGCCGCCAUGUCACAGCCUGCUCCUGUGAAAAAGAAGCGCCCUCCAGUGAAAGAGGAAGACCUCAAAGGGGCUAAAGGGAAGCUCUCCAGCAACCAGGAAAUCAAAUCCAAAACCUACCAAGUCAUGAAGCAGUGCGAGCAAGCUGGCUCUGCUGCACCUUCCAUAUUCAGCCGAGAGCGGACAGGGGGGGAAACCGCCUUCGACAGGCCUAAAGAAGAGCCUCCAAAGAGUGUCUUUGGCUGAUGGCCAAGGGAUCUGUAAUGAAUAUUCAUCGUCCUUAACCCCUUAUUUUGCUUUUACGUACACCAGUCUUACCGUGCUUUAACCAAAUUCUUUUAUUUACUAAUUAAGAAGAAAAUUUGGAUUGCAUGAUACAAAUUCGUUAUUAUUCCUGGUAUAUGUUGUGAGGGUUUUCUUAGCUGUCCUGUUGACAACUCAAGUUUGGUGGUAGUUAUGGGGUGCAGGCUGAUCCUGUAAUGACCAAUUUUGUUACACAUGUACAUGAUUCUUCUUUUAAAAUUUAUGUAUCAGAACAAUGUCCCAGUUCCAGCUGCAAUCAUAAUUUUGUGGCAUGAAACCAAUAAAGCGUGGUAGCUUUG